CGAGCCUUGCCAACUGGAGGCGCCGCCAUAUUGUGUGGCACUAUUUUGAUUUAGACUUGGCUGGCUGAGACACGCAGCGAGCGGAGGAGGAGGGACGGGAGCGACUGGGAAGCCGGAGCGAUUCCAGGCGAGGUCGGGAGAAGCGCUGACGGCGGUGCCUGACCCCCCCCCCCUCUCCCGCCGCCCCUUACGCGUUGCCCGCCAGAGAAGAGCAGCCCCGGCACGGACACACACACCUCUUGCUCCCUCCCCCGGUGGCGGCGGGAGGCGGCGACGGCUCCGGAGUGGCUCGAAAGGGUCGUCUGUCUGGCUGGAAGUGGCGGUAGCGGCGAGUGCCGCUGCUGCGGGGCACGGAGGAGGAGCCCGCGCGGAGGAAGGCUUUAUGUUGACCAUGAGUCUUGUGAUGAUAAGUGAGAAUGUGAAGCUAGCACGUGAAUAUGCGUUGCUUGGGAAUUAUGAUUCUGCAAUGGUUUACUAUCAGGGAGUACUUGACCAAAUAAGCAAAUACCUCUCUUCUGUCAAAGAUACGUAUCUUCAGCAGAAAUGGCAACAGGUUAGGCAGGAGAUAAGUAUAGAAGCUAAGCAUGUGAAGGAUAUCAUGAAGACACUAGAAAGUUUUAAAUUAGACAGCACUCCUUUAAAAGCGGCACAUCAGGAAUUACCAGCUCAUGAUGGAGAAGUUUGGUCAUUGCCUGUACCUGCAGAACGUAGAACUUCACCAGGGCCUAGGAAACGUCAGUCAGCUCAGUGCAGUGAUUGCAGAAACCAAAAUAACCGAGCCGGAGCAGCUGCUAGAGUCCUUCAUCGGCCUUCUUCGCGAAAUACUAAUGAGAAAGGCAAAGUUGUUCGUGGUCGGGAAAAGAAAGAUCCAUUAAAUAAAGUAAAAGAGGAAAAAAAUAAGUCCUCAACUGAUAUUUCAGAACCUGAGCCAAAAAAAUUUGAUGGGACUGGAUAUGAUAAAGACUUAGUAGAAGCUCUAGAAAAAGAUAUCAUUUCCCAAAAUCCCAAUGUUCGAUGGGAUGAUAUAGCUGAUUUAGUGGAUGCUAAAAAAUUACUCAAGGAGGCAGUAGUUUUACCCAUGUGGAUGCCAGAUUUUUUUAAAGGAAUCAGAAGGCCAUGGAAGGGUGUAUUGAUGGUUGGUCCUCCUGGCACUGGAAAAACACUGCUUGCAAAAGCUGUAGCAACUGAAUGCAAAACUACCUUUUUCAAUGUAUCAUCAUCAACACUCACUUCAAAAUACAGAGGAGAAUCUGAAAAGCUUGUUCGCCUAUUAUUUGAAAUGGCUCGGUUCUAUGCACCAACAACAAUAUUUAUUGAUGAAAUUGACUCGAUCUGUAGCCGGCGAGGAACUUCUGAGGAACAUGAAGCCAGCCGAAGGGUGAAGGCUGAAUUACUUGUUCAGAUGGAUGGAGUGGGAGGUGCUUCUGAAAAUGAUGAUCCUUCCAAAAUGGUGAUGGUACUUGCUGCUACUAAUUUUCCAUGGGAUAUUGAUGAAGCAUUACGACGUCGUUUGGAAAAAAGAAUUUAUAUUCCUUUGCCAUCAGCCAAAGGCAGAGAGGAGCUGCUCAGAAUAAAUCUACAGGAGUUGGAACUUGCUGCUGAUGUUGACCUUGUCACAAUUGCACAGAAUAUGGAAGGUUAUUCUGGAGCUGACAUUACCAAUGUGUGCAGAGAUGCUUCACUGAUGGCUAUGAGAAGGCGUAUUGAAGGCUUGACGCCAGAAGAAAUCAGAAAUCUUUCCAGAGAUGAAAUGCACAUGCCAACAACAAUGGAAGAUUUUGAAAUGGCCUUAAAAAUUUCAAAAUCAGUCUCUGCUGUGGACAUUGAAAAAUACGAGAAAUGGAUUUUUGAAUUUGGAUCAUGUUAAGCCUUUCUACCUUGAGAAAUCUGCCUUAAGUAUUCAAAGAGUUCCAAAAGUAAUGAAAAAGUAGUACUCCUGGGUGCUCACUGCUAUUUUUUAACUUUUUGUAACAACCAUAUAUGAUAAAGUUACUUUUUUAAAAUGCAGCUCAUUUUUCCCUCUUAGUCCAAUUGUCUAGAUGAGAAUAGGUUCUUGCAGCCAUACUUGUUCUGUUUCCUGGUACACUAUAGACUAUCACUUGCAACAUUUGCACAUAUAACACAUAUUUACAUUUUGUUGGUUAUAUUUUUAAAAGUAGUCACUGUUAAAAUUUACAGUUCUAUUUUUCAGGAAAGUAGUACACAUAGCCUUCUGUGCAAAAAAAAUCUUGUCUUUACACUUCUUUAUCAUAGAAAAAGUUGUUCCUCUUUUUCUAUAAAGGUAAAUGCUUCACUUUGUCAUAUUUAGAGAUCACAAAACAAGUAUUUUAAAGCUAAUUCACAAUUAGAACUUAACACUGAUUCAAUACAUAUCUCACAUUUAAUGUGGUGGAACUGAACAAAGAGGAGAGGGCACUAGAUUAACCCUUAGUGAAACUUAAGUGUUCAAUCAGUUAAGAAAAGCAUUAUUAAACCCAAUGUAAAUAAAAUCCAAUGCAAAAAAUAAAUUCCAUUAAUUUUCCAAGAGAUUUGUUAAGGGGAAAUUGUACCAGGAGAAGCAGGAAUUUUAAAUCUCUUCGAGAUUACGAUUUUUCAUUAAUCAUCUAGUAAUGAGAAUUUGAACAGAAACAAUACCACAGCUUAAUAGAGGAACUAGCUGGAUGAAGGAGGUCCCAGCAUGGCUAAAAGGCAGAGGCAAGAAAAUGAUAAAAGACCAGAAGACACUUUUCAGGAAAAUGGCACCAGAUCACUUGAAGCUUAUGUAUUCUAUUUCAUGGUUUCAAACAGAAACAUGACAAAUCUAAAUGACGAACACUGUGAAAUGCUUCUCAGAAAAAAAAGAUACCUUGGAGGUUUGUUCCCUUUUCCUUUAUAAUGAAAAGAAGUAAAUUCUACCUCAUAAAACGUAACCUGGGAAUCAUUCAGAGAAACAAACAGUAGUGGUUGGAAGUAUAAACUAGGAAAAUUUACUGCCAGAAUGUAUAUGACUUUAAAAAGAACAAACAUAUAUGCAAGUCAGUCCAUCAAUGGGACUUUGACAAAGUUAGGGUGAUAGAUUUAUUUGAACAGGAAUUGCACAAGAGCACAGUGACAGCUGUUUUCAAACUUAAAGCUGCUUGAGGGGUAUAUAGAUGUCCCAUACAGAAAAUAAGACAUUUGAAGUAAGUACUGUAGAUAAGCAGUCCCCAAUUUUUUUGGCACUAGGGACCAGUUUCACAAAAAAAACAAGUUUUUC